GGGCCCGGCGGGCGGCAGGGGGCGCCAGAGGGCGAGGCCGGCGCCGUGCGGGUCGCCAUGCGCGCGCUGAUCGGGCUGUGUCGCGCGGGCCGCGGGGGCUGCGCGGGGGCGCCGGUGGCCGGGGCGGCCCGCCGCUCGGUGGCCCGGUUCUGCGUGGAGGAGCGCGGGCGGCCGGGCUCCGGGGACUUCCGCGUCUUCUUCAAGAACGCAGUUGGUCACUACAUUUCGCCCUUCCAUGAUAUCCCUCUCCAGACUGAUGCUGAAAAGAAUUUGCAUCACAUGGUUGUAGAAGUGCCUCGGUGGACAAAUGCUAAGAUGGAGAUCGCCACCAGUGAGCCCCUGAAUCCCAUUAAGCAGGACAUGAAGCGUGACAAGCCCCGCUACGUGGCCAACGUCUUCCCUCACAAGGGCUACAUAUGGAACUACGGCGCCCUCCCGCAGACUUGGGAAGACCCUAAUCACAGAAGUAAGCACACAGGCUGCUGUGGAGAUAACGAUCCCAUUGAUGUUUGUGAAAUCGGCUCAAAGGUUCUUUCCAGAGGGGAGGUUGUCCCUGUGAAGAUCCUUGGCAUCUUGGCUCUCCUUGAUCAAGGUGAAACAGAUUGGAAAUUGAUUGCUAUCAAUGCAAACGAUCCUGAGGCCCACAAGUUUCACGAUAUUGACGAUGUUGAAAAGUUCAAGCCAGGGUACCUGGAGGCCACCAUCCAUUGGUUAAAAUUUUAUAAGGUGCCAGAGGGGAAGCCACAAAACUGCUUCUUUUACGAUGGAAAAUUUAAAGACAAGGCUUUUGCUCUUGACGUCAUUAAAUCUACUCACGAUUGUUGGAAAGCGCUGCAUAUGAAGACGUGUGAUGCAGGGCCCAUAAACUGCACAAACUCCCAGGUGCAUGACAGCCCUUUCCGUUGCACUCAGGAGGAAGCAAGAGCGAUGGUUGAAUCGGUCUCACCAGCUUCCCCACGCAUAGAAAGUGAUGGAGAAGAGCAAGUGUGGCACUUCCUUGGCAAAUGACUGGGACAGUCCAAGCAGCCGCCAAGAUUUCGCCCUCUGAGACGUCCAGGACACUGAUUACAACGGGCAGAGGUGUGCGUGUUUGCUGACUUCCUGCUCAAGCAUCAUUGUUCUCAAGCUUUCGGGGUGCACAAUCCAUAAAUAAACACCCACACUUUGGAAUUUGUCUCCUCUGGUGAUUUAUCAAGAUGAGGGAAAGAUGUGAUUUAACUUCACAGUGGAAAUUCGAAGCACUGCAUUUUGGACCAGUUCUGAUUUUCAGAUCUGAAGGGACACAGUUGCUUUAUUAGCUAGUGUAUGUCUACCGUUAGAGUCACGAGUUUCACUAAUAAAAGCGUGAGAUAGCCCCGC